AUGCAGAAGAUGAGAGAAGCUAACAUCCAAGAACAGAGGAGGGCAGCAGAAAGAGAGGAAGAGUUGCAGAGACAGCUUGUUGAUGCUCAGGAAGUUGCUGAAAACAGAGCCGAGGAAGCCAGAAUUGCACUGCAGAGGAUGAGAGAAGCUCAGGCAGAAAGGGAGCAAGAGCUACAGAGGGAGCUACAUGAUGCUCGGGAAGCUUUACAACGUGGUGUUGUGCCCACUCCUGGUCAGCCUCUGACUGACAUAACUCCAUGGAAGAUAUCAAGAAACGACGUUCGUCUUAUGGGUGAGAUAGGAGUGGGUGCCUGGGGUACCGUUGCUAGGGGGAUGUACAAUGGUCAGCAAGUAGCAGUCAAGUAUCCCCACCAACUGAUUCUGAAUGAGGACACUCUGAGACGACUCGAGAGGGAAACAGAGCUCAUGACUCAAGUCCGCCAUCCCAACCUUAUCCGAAUCAUUGCCGCUGUGUUUGACGAGCACUCAUUCCGACUCCAUGCCCCUCCAAUGAUCAUCACCGAAAUCUGUGACCUCAACCUCCGACAGUGCUAUGAACAGAGACGUCUCGCAGACACCGACAAUCUCCCAAUCUUCAAAGAUGUGGCCUACGGCCUCCACUACCUCCACGACCGUCACGAACCAAUCAUCCACAGAGAUCUUAGUGCUCCAAAUGUCCUUCUCCAGGCCCUUCCCAAUGGGACCUAG